AUGAAAGGUGAACAAGAGGUAGAUACAGAGGAUGGAGAAGAGGUGGACAUGACUAAUGCAAUUGAUGCAUUGUGCAAAAGGCUCAGGUCAUUAGAUGUGGUAGGAAAGAGAGAACUAAAAGGUAGGGCGUGUGAAAUUGCUUGCCCCACUACAAUAAAGAUGGUACCGCCGCUUGAAAAAAUAAAGACUAAAGGAAAAAUAAAAGGGAAGAAACCUGUGGGAUAUGUUGACCAAGCAUACAAUAGUUCUCAAAAAUCUUCAAAGAGGCCGUGUUUGUAG